AUGAAAAGCCCGAAGGUAGGUAGAUGCCCAGGCCACUAUAAUGGAGAAUAUAAUUUAAAAGGAAUAAAGCUAGAUACAGGGUAGAUUACUCAAUUUGAAAAUUAAAACAAAAGAUAUAAAUAUAUGUAAUUAUUUAAAAAAUAGAUUUGCUUAAUGACAUAUUAGUAGUGGUAGAACAUAUGA